UCAUCCCUUUUCUUUUUCUUUUCUUUCUUUGUUUGCUUAGCUUUCUCUUAUUCCGUCAACUGUUUCAGUUUUCUCUUUAUCUGUUUUAAACUUUGAAAUCCCUAGCAAUCUCCUCCUUUUUAAGCCACUUUGCCGCCUUCUCUCCUUCCUCACUCUCUCACUUGCUUGAAAUCGAAGCCCAAGCACUCUCAGGCAUCACAGAUCGCUCUCACUUGUGGGGCGGGUGGUUGAGCAUUUUUUUUUUUGCGGGAAUGGAGCAGUAUGAGGUUCUGGAGCAGAUUGGGAAGGGUGCAUUUGGGUCUGCGUUGCUUGUUAAGCAUAAGGCUGAGAAGAAGAGAUAUGUCUUGAAGAAGAUCCGGCUUGCUCGCCAAACAGAUCGGUGCCGCCGGUCUGCUCACCAGGAGAUGGAGCUUAUUAAGAAUGUACAACACCCCUUUAUCGUGGAAUAUAAAGAUUCAUGGGUAGAGAAGGGCUGCUACGUGUGCAUUAUCAUAGGUUAUUGUGAGGGAGGGGACAUGGCUGAAGCUAUCAAAAAAGCCAAUAGAUCUCUUUUCUCUGAGGAGAAGCUUUGCAAAUGGCUUGUACAGCUUCUGAUGGCGCUUGAUUACUUGCAUAACAACCAUAUUCUUCAUCGUGAUGUAAAGUGUUCAAAUAUAUUUCUGACCAGAGAUCAGAACAUACGACUGGGUGAUUUUGGGCUUGCUAAAAUGUUGACGUCUGAUGAUCUAGCCUCUUCUGUUGUGGGGACUCCCAGCUAUAUGUGCCCUGAACUUCUUGCUGAUAUACCAUAUGGUUCCAAGUCUGAUAUUUGGUCUUUGGGAUGCUGUAUAUAUGAGAUGACGGCCCUCAAGCCUGCUUUUAAAGCUUUUGAUAUGCAAGCACUGAUAAACAAGAUAAAUAAGUCCAUAGUGGCUCCUCUUCCGAGUUCAUAUUCUGGCGCAUUCCGAGGACUCAUCAAAAGCAUGUUGCGUAAAAACCCAGAGCACCGCCCAAGUGCUGCAGAACUGCUGAAGCAUCAGCAUCUGCAACCAUAUAUAUUUCAAGUCAGCUUGAACUCUGGCCACCUUAGUAAAUCUCCUCCAGUCAAACAACCUGCAGGCAACCUCAUUAAGAAGAUCAGAUUCCAUGGUGAUGAUGAGGAUUCAAUAUGCAAGGAAAAAGAGAAAGCCAAAGAUUUUAGCAAAGAGAGGUUGUUCAAAACUGAACAAGCCUGCAACAGAGCUGGACUCUAUUUGCUCUACCCAGAGUACAAAAGGACAACCAGGUUAUGUGAAAAAAGGGGUAAAGGGCUUGUCUUUCGGCGGCAGUCAAGUUCAAGAUACAGUACUGAUAAAACGACUAUUGAGAAACCAUCAAGUCUGGCAAAGACCCCAAGAUACACUCCAGCCAAAACUUUUGCAACUCCUAGAAGGCAAUCUGUGCCGACAAAAAUUAUACAUACUGGGCCAAACCGUGAAGUGCGGCAGCCAUUAAGAACACCUGCAGACAGAUCUGCUCGGCCAAGCAGAAGAGCAUCACUGCCUUUGCCUACAUUUGAAACACCUGCCAGGCGCAAUCUCGGUGUUCUAAAUGGAAUGGUUUCCCCUGACAUUUCAGUCAAUGCUCCUCUCAUCGAUAGAAUUGCUGAGUUCCCUCUCGCAUCAUCUGAAGACCCAUUUUUCUCAAGAAAGAUCUCAUCAGUGCAAGGCUCAACUUCAACCCCACUAAAUUGCGGUGAUCGCUCCAUCACCAAAGAUAAAUGCACAAUCCAGAUCUUCCGAGGAGAGGGAGAUAAUGGGAGUGACUCCUCAGGCAGAAAUUCCAAAGCUAAUGAUGUUUCAAGCCGUGGAUCGUCCGAGUCCCGAUUGCGUCGGUUUGACACUUCAUCCUACCAGCAACGAGCAGAGGCAUUGGAAGGUUUGCUUGAGUUCAGUGCUCAACUAUUGCAACAAGAGAGGUUUGACGAACUGGGUGUGCUACUGAGGCCCUUUGGUCCCGAAAAGGUCUCUCCAAGAGAAACAGCCAUCUGGUUAGCCAAGAGCUUUCAAAGAGACAACAAUUUAACUGAGAUUAAAAGCUUUAGAUGCUAUGGUCUAGAAACUGAAAUGUUAGAACUUCAAAUUCUAGGAACACAUCUUGUGCUCUAGUUUUGCAAUGUGAAAUAGUUUAAUAGGCUGAUAUUCUUGGCUUAAGAUUAGCUUCUAGUGGCCUUGUUAUAAUCUCCCUCUGUGUGUUAGCCUCACAUGUUGUACUCUCCCGCUUUGUUUCAAAUUCUGCAGUUUAUAUGAGUUAAUAUAGCCAUAAAGGCCAUGCCAUUUCUGUUUUCA